AUGUUGUCUAAAGCGUUAGGAAAGGCAAACGCCGCAGUCCAGCUAGAUAAUGCUCAGAACUACGCUGCAGCCCGGGAUUCCUAUCUGGAAGCUUGCGAUCUCUUACAACAAGUACUUGCUAGGACAAAUGGCGAAGAGGAUAGGAGGAAGCUGGAGGCCAUUCGACUUACAUACACAAGCCGAAUAGACGAGCUGGACGAGUUACUCCCCGCAUAUUUACAAAGUGAUAAAGCCUUACCCGCAAGGCCGGAGAGCGUUGAUGACUAUCAUGGAGUUCAGAUCGAAUUAGCCGGCUCCGAAGACUCUGCAGAGGCCUCGGGGGGUGCGAGGUUAAAUAUGGGCGAGUCUCCCCCUCCGGACGCGUCCCGUCUUCGGUCCUCUCCAAAUCCCAACCAGGGCCAGCCGCUGCUCCAAUCCUCCUUCUCGGGGUCCCGGAUGCGGCGAAACUUCGAAGGACCCUCUCUCAGUUUACCCCAGCAGGAUGGAGGUUUUGUACCUGCCCCAUUAUCACCCCGAAGGCCGGUUUCGCCUGCUAAGCCCCCAACACCGGAGCCCAUUGUGCGGCAGGAUUUCUCCUGGCCAGCUGACCACCUAGCACCCGAGAACGGCGCGAGGAGCCAUAAGCGCAAUCUCAGUCACGAAUCGGGGUCGUGGCUGGAUCCAAUCGACGAAUCAGGUGGUUCGGCUUCGUCCUCGAUUCACUCAAGGACCUCGUCACUGGGAGUCAGGAGGAAACAUCUCCGCCAUACCAGCAGUAACACAGAGGCGGAGUUCGACGCCGCCUUAGACGCUGCAGUAGAAGCUGCUUACGACGAAGGAUUCGAACCUAUGGAAUCAUACGACACCGUCUACGACGAUAACAAUGAUUCUGAUACCGUUGAUGUGUUGAGCAACGCGAGGCGCAAGGUAGAAAUUGCUAAGGAAAGAGUCCGACAAACCGAACGCGAGGCGGCAAUCGAGCUAGCCCGGGAACGGGAACGCCAAAGACAGAUGUCAAUAGAUCAGAAAUCUCAGGUCUUCAGCGGAGAUUUCUUUGAUGCUAACGAUUCAGACGAAGAAGAACGUGUCUUAGAAGAGAUGGCGAGGAGAUCCGUGAUGGAAGAAUUUUCCCCUAAACAUCGGUCCCAGCAUUCACAAUCUAGGAUCCCUAGGGAAUCUGAUUCUAGCGGAACGACCUCUCGGACGUGGCAUAGUUCGGUUGGCUCGAAUCCUCCUACCUCCACAACUAUAUUAUCAACAGUGACCGAGAUGCCAUUACCUGGAACUUCCUCCAAAGGUUCAGCGCCGUCAUUGCCAUCCCCACCACGAUCGCUUGCGCAAGGCUCCCCGUCACAGAUCUCCCCAACGUCUGGUGUGCGUAACCGCCGUCUCUCCGGGCAAAACCCUAAGCAGCUCAAGAUUGAAACCUCUAAGCUCGGUCAACCGCCGUCUAUCUCCACGUCUACGUUUCAGACAAAGACUGCGGGUGGUUUUAUUGCUCAACAAAGACAGGCACUAUCGGCGACAACAACGCGACCCGGACCUUUUUCCAUGCGUGCACCCUCAUCACCCGUUAGAGGCACUAGUCCAGCAGAGGUCACAGCUCCUCCAAGCCCACCGGCGAAUUUAGCAGGUCCCCAAGAUCUUGAGGAACAUCGAACCGACUCACCGUCCUCUGUGCGGCCUGGUAUACACAAGAAUUUCUCGUCUUCCAGUCUAAAGUCUCUAAGGACUCGUCAAUUUUCUGUGUCGCAUAUCGACGACUCGGACCUCUCGCCCAACACGCCUCUUAGCCACCAAAUUUCGAACACAUCGAUAUCUCGCCAGGCCAUGAUUCCCGCAUUGCCUACACCGCUGGCAGCUGCCUUUCACGAGCGGAUGGCGGGCGGUGUUGGUGGUCUACACCUUUUCGAUUCCGAUUUUCAUUCUCCGACUUCCCAUUCUCCUAACCAAGUUUACCAUAGCCACCACCUUCCUCACAACCCUGACGUACCAAUACCUCUAGAACCGUGCCCGUCUGAUACCAUGCUCCGGCCUUUCUGGCUCAUGCGGGCCCUUUACCAGACCCUCGCCCACCCUCGGGGUGGAUAUAUCAGCACUCGGUUAUUUAUUCCCCGGGAUACGUGGAAAGUCAAGGGCGUUAAGCUGCGUGCUCUCGAAGAUAAGAUUGCGCAGUGUGACUUCCUAACCGCGGCACUUCUCAAGCUCGCAAGGGUAGACAGUAAUGACGCAGAUGCGGUACUCGAAGAGAUGCAGAGUUUUGAGAAUAUUCUAGAGACGGUUCAGACGAUACUUACGCGCAAGCUUGGUAACGAGGUGGGCACACAAGGCAUGACGCCUCUCCGAGAGGACAGGGAAGCCGAGGCUGCGCCGCCAGUGCCACGUAGCUCAAGUGUUAGCGGAAAAGGGGGCGCAUUUAGCUGGCGAAGGCUGAGAAACAAAGGCUCGGCUGCUAACAUGACCAACGCAUAUGGAGGGAAGACUAACAGUAGUGGAAGCGGCGGGCCUGGCGUAAGCGAGAGAGAUAUUCCGAGCUCGAUAGGAUCGGGAUCUAUACCAAGUUUACCCUUGACAGCCCACCCAAGCAGUAGGCCUGCGAAGAGGGAUCCCGCAUCAGUCAAUUUUGACGGACCGUACGGAAACUAUAUGGCGAGCUUAGCACGAUUGUUUGACGCUGCGCAGACGGUUGAUCAAAUUGCACGUCAAGUCGAGGACCCUGGCUUACGCCAUGCAGAUAAAACUCAAGUCGGGCUUGAGCUUUGCACCAGACACGCGGCUGAAUUUUUCGGUUUUUAUAUCUGCCGGUUCGUACUGGCUGACCUGGCGAUGCUGCUUGAUAAAUUUGUCAAGAGGGGCAGCGAAUGGGUGCUUAACUAG